GUCUGUUCAAAAGCACUUCAAUUUAGUUCAAUUUUUGUUCUACCGACUCUACAGGUUUCGUCACAUUCCCUUUUCAAACAUCAGGGUAGCUGUAACAAACAACGUAAGGUACAAUCAGAGGGAAAUAUGCCGGAAGAUAAAUAUUCCAUUCUUCUACCAACAUACAAUGAACGAGAAAACCUGCCGAUUAUCAUUUGGCUGAUCGUGAAGUACAUGCAAGAAGCGAAAAUUAACUACGAAGUCAUCGUCAUAGACGAUGGCAGCCCGGACGGAACACUGGAAGUUGCAAAGCAGUUGCAAAAAAUCUACGGUGAAAACCGUAUCCUGCUCCGUCCACGAGCGGCCAAACUAGGACUUGGGACGGCCUACAUUCAUGGCAUAGAGCACGCCACUGGGGAUUACAUCAUUAUCAUGGAUGCUGACCUGAGCCAUCACCCUAAAUUCAUUCCACAAUUCAUCGAGCUGAGAAAGCAGGGCGACUACGAUAUAGUAUCCGGCACGCGCUACAAGGGUGACGGUGGUGUGUAUGGAUGGGAUUUUAAGAGGAAACUCAUUUCCCGUGGUGCCAAUUUCCUCUCGCAGCUAUUGCUGAGACCGAACGCUUCGGAUCUAACCGGAUCGUUCCGAUUGUACCGCAAGGACGUGCUUAAGGAAUUGAUUUCGCGUUGCACCUCAAAGGGAUACGUCUUCCAGAUGGAGAUGAUAGUGCGGGCGCGCCAGCUGAACUACACAAUCGGCGAGGUCCCAAUAUCGUUCGUAGAUCGCGUGUACGGACAGUCCAAACUCGGUGGAUCGGAAAUUGUGCAAUUCGCGAAAAACUUACUCUACCUGUUCGCUACAACGUAGGCUUGCGUUUGUUUGGUUACGGGAUUGUUCCCCCAUUGUCAUCGUUGUAUGGACUAUACAUUAAACACCGUCAUAUUUUAACUUUC